AUGGAAACAACAACUGUGGCCUCGCCCACUGACACUGACACAUCAACACAGCCUCUGAAGAGGCCGCCAAUAGAAACAGAUCCCGAUUCUUUGGAUAGUGUGAUCAGUAAUUCAAAGUCAUAUCCCAUCACCAUAGUGCCAAAUCGUCCCACCAGUUUCUAUGGCUUGAGCUCAACAAAUGGCAAAGCCUUCCAGCCUAGUUUAGCUCUAAUUACAACUUCAAACUUUAUUCGCUCUGACGUUGGCUUCGUUUAUACUGAAAUCGAUCAGCAAUCGAUUUGCAAGGGUUGCAAGCCCGUUUUGAAGGCAGAUCGUAUCAAUGUGAAUUGCCUGCCCCAGGAGCCAAGCAAAUGUUUUGCAAUGGAGGCCGAGUGUCUCCAACAACGUCUUGAAGAGGGCAUCUUGUUGACAGUCAUCUACCAGAACAGGGAGAUUGGUCAUGGCUGCUACGUUCUACCCGAAUCCUGUAUACUACGGUUAAUGAAUACGCUUGGUGAGGUUACUCAUACUGCCAAUGUGGAGCUCACGUGCCAUGGAUGCACCGUGGGCAUGUGCACUGUCCACCUUGGCCUCCAGAUGCGGUGUCAAGAACUUAAAUUAGUAAAAGAGUUGACCGAGAUUCGUUCCAUUCCGUUCCGUUCCAUUAAGCAUUCCAUUCCAUUUUCUUUGAAUUUUAGGUUAAAACCAUUCUCAUAG